UCGUACAACGCAAUGCCCUUUCUUCUUCAUCACACUGAGAAGUUCUUGUAGAAAAUGUUCCUAGCAACAAGGGUAGUUGUCCCUGAGAGAAACUUAUUUUAAGAUCAUAACGGAUACCUUGUCCCUCAGAAAAAAGUGUUGAGGCCAGAAGGAGCUCUUCAAACCCUGUUUCAUAAGUAUUCAUCAGAAAAUAAUGUAAAUAUAUAUAACCAUUAAAGACAAUACUAUAACUUCUCAGUUUGAGUUGCUUUCAGUAAGGAUUGGCAUAGUGCGGACCUGGAAACGUUUAACUAUAUGUAGCUAGAACGUACGUACGUACGAUUUUUACUGGAUAAUAUAAUGUGUAUAGGUUUACAACUUUGGGUUAUGUGUAUAUCUCUGUGUGUUUAAUCAAAAGCUAACUAGAAAAUUUGAAAAAUGUCAUGUGUAUAAGAGGUUGACUUGUUUUUUUGGUUGACUUGGUUUUGUAAAACUUGAUUGAUUCUCACAUCUAAGCUCUAACAAAAAUAUGCAAUGGUUAAAUAACUAAAUAAAUUUACAAGCAAUGGCUAACAAUGUCGCGAUUGCUACGUGCUGGAGGACCUAUAAAAGUUUGUUGCUAAUGGGUGGCAUUUAUUGUGAGUAUCCAAAGCUUCGAAAGUAGAUUAAAAGAUUACAGUCUACAUACGGAAAUCAUGGGUUCAAUUCAUUUGGUUCGAAUUUUAGCUGGGCAGUCUCACAAUAAUACAAAAAGUAGGUGGAAGGCUGGACGCUGAACACUUUCUUUUUGUAGAAGUAUCUACUGUCUACUUAAAGCAUUAUGAUACAAUAGAGACUGUAUGAUAUUUUGCUUUUUAAUUAACAACACCUAAUCAUAACGUUUAAGUAUACAUCAGUACUUAAUCAUAUCUAAAACUAUAUUUUAAGAUACUCAACACUAUUAUUUAUCAUUUUAUUAUAUUUUGAGAACUUCUCAUAGAUAUCCUCAACUAAGAGCAUGAUUAUCCAGGUUGCUUAGGUAGAUUGCUUAGAUUAAUUUUGAUUAAAAGAAAAAGAAAAUUAUCUUUUAAUUCAAGCACCGUCGCUUAAUUAGGAACAAUAAGCUACGUUGCUUAUCUCCUUCUCUCUCUCAUCUCUAUCUCAGUUCUCUCCCCACUUCCUGAAAUCAAUAGAUUUCGAUUUCCAUGUUCCUUCUGAUCCCAUUUAUGUUUCUCGUGUAACCACAAAAAUGGAACACACUUUUAGUAGUCCUAUCUUUUUUUCAAGUCUCUGUUUUUUCUUUUUUUUUGGUAGUUGUGCCAUCUCUGAUUGUUUGCUUUUUGUUUAUGAUGGAAAUGCAGAUAACUUCUUGGGGUUUGAGGAGGUGGUCUCUUAUUCCCUGGAGGAUGGCCGGAUUCUAACAAAGCUAAAAUGGAAACCAUAGUCCACAAGUCGAUGAUCGCCGGAGUACAGAGCGUUAUGCCGGUGGAAGUGACGCAACACCGUGAAGUACGUUCCAUAUCCGUCGGAGAUCCCGUCGGAGCAGGAAUAUUCAGGAGAACACUAAACAUAGUUACGUACUACAAGCAAUCCGGUGAUAGUGGUGAGAGAGGGUGGUUAGUCGCCGGUUGGAUAAAGGAGUCGUUAGGGAGAGCCUUGACCGAGCAGCCUUUGCUUUGUGGUAGACUGCGGCGGAGGAGGACGGUGAAGGGAGAGGAAGAUGGUCUGGAGGUGGUGACCAACGAUAGUGGCGCUAGGCUGGUGGAGGCUAGGUUCCCGGCGAGUUUGCCGGAGUUUUUUGAAAUGGUGAAGAGAGACAAAAACAUAGCUGAAGCACAGACUGUCUUCUGGAGAGACAUUGAUGAAGUUGAUCCUCAGUUCUCUCCAUUGUUCUAUGUUCAGGUGACUAAUUUCGAGAGUGGUGGAUACUCAAUUGGGAUAAGCUGCAGCAUCCUAAUAGCUGAUCUCCUCAUUGAGACAGAUUUCUUGAAAAAAUGGGCUAAAAUCCAAAGCUCUUUGGCUCAUUCUCAGACCACACUCAAACCAAUCUUCUACCUCCCACCAGUCAAAAGAGAUAAAUUCAUCAAUGAACUUCCUAGGCCAGUCUCGGUUCUUGACCGCGGUGGACCCCUUGUAAUCCGGGCCAAAACAUGCUCGAAAACGCCACUAGCAUGCAUGAAAAAAUCUGUUAAAGCUGCUGAGGAUGUAUUCUUGUUCCUCAAGGAACAAAGCGCUGGCGAAAAUACUACUACUGAGCGUCAUGGUAUGAAGGUAGAGAUACACUCGAGAGAUGAAGCGAUUGGCGAUUGCGAUUGUGGUGACCAUUUGGAGGAGACAGAUGUUGGAUUACUACUUGAUGUGAGUUUAGCGUUCGAGGAUAAGUUUGAAUUCAAUUCAUGUUGGGUUGGGUCUGUCGCGAAAGGGCUUGUGCUUAUCGUCCCAUCUACUUUGGGAGGUACCAAGUCGCUUGUCAAAUUUAUUGCUGCAUCGCCAAAAAAUGCGACUCAUUAAUAUCAGUGGCAUUAUUAUUUAACUUUUUAUUGUAUGGUUUCUAAAAUUAAAUAAAUCGACGAUGAAAUAACUCCUUACAAAAAUAUGGUUUGUUAGAAUAAUGUCUUGAUAAUAUUUACGUAUUUAUCUUUUAAAACCAAGCA